AUGCUUCGUCGCUAUCAUUCACCUGUUAGUGUUUCUACGUUCGCUAGUACAGUUUCGACGUGUGUUCGUGGGAAAUGUAGUAUAAAUAUUGUUCCCUGUGGCCUACAAGCACCAUCAGUUUCUACUGACGUCUCAAUAAUUUCUAAAAUCACUGGGCCCACUCCUCAACCACCGUUAAUAACUGGGCAGUGGACACAUAUUCAGAAUUUACCCUUAGCAGAUCCAUCAUACAACAUCCCUGGUGCGAUCGAUUUGUUAUUGGGAGCCGACCUGUUACCUUCGAUUUACCUGGAUGGUUUGCAAAGAGGUCUGGUUGGUGAACCUAUCGCCAUGAACACUAUAUUUGGUUGGGUUCUCUUGAGACCAAUGGAUUCAUGUGAUCGUUCUUCCAUUACUACAAUGUGUCUAACUAUCUCAGAACCCCUUGAUUCGCUAUUGAAACAAUUCUGGGAACUUGAAGAACUGCCUAUCACCUGCCAUUUGAGCCCCGCUGACCUUGCCGCAGAACAACUCUACCAAUCAACUACAACCCGUUUAAGUUCCGGACGUUUUGUCGUCUCGCUUCCGUUUCUUAAACCAUUACCGUUGCUCGGCGAUUCGAAGACGUUGGCUCUCCAGAGAUUCAAGGCCCUUGAGUUCAGACUAAAUCGUAAUAACACCCUAAAGACUCAGUACGCUGAAUUUAUGCGCGAUUACUUGACUGCUGGUCAUAUGGAGCUAAUUCCACCAGCGGAGCACGGAAAUCCGUAUCAUUAUUAUAUUCCGCACCAUUGUGUUAUCAAACCAGAUAGCCUUACUACCAAAUUGAGGGUGGUGUUCAACGCAUCUGCCAAGACUUCAGCCGGUAUAUCACUUAAUGAAAGUAUGUACACGGGCCCCAAACUCCAACCAGAUAUACAACGUGUUCUACUACGUGCUCGUCUGUGGCUUCCGUUUCCGAUUUGUCGGUUUUCGGCCGUCAACUGCGACAACCGCAAUUGUAAGCGCGGAAGAAUUUGUACGCGCUCUUCAUGGGCUCAUCCGUGGUGUCCAACAAGAGAUAUUUCUCGAUGA